UUUGUUCUAUUUACUAGAAAUAUUACUGCAGCUAAAUUAAGAACAUCUUAACAUAUGACUUUGCAGGAAAAGAAAAAAUUGUACUAUUGCACGUGAAAUUAUCGUAAUGAACCUCUCGACUUUACCUGCAAUACGAUUUCUACUAAACAAAACAAAGUCUUUUUCUUCUUAACAUUCUUUCAUAUGAAGUUUUUAUUUCUACUAAUAUAAAAAAUGACGAUUGCACACCCCAUACAUAGGUUAUGAAUAAAAUCAAUGCUAAUAUUGCAAACAUAAGAGACUAUUUGUACUCCAUUUGAAAACUGAAGGAUCACUUUAAGCUUUAACCUAAAGAAGAUGGACUAUUUUAAUCCUUUUCUCGGUUUGUACACGUCGAAAGUUGAAUGACAUAAAUAUCAAAGUUACACGUUUAUAUAUUUUACCUAAAAAUAAUGAACAACUAAUAUGAAUUGGAGAAUAUAAAAUAUGAGAUGGUACCACCAAAAAUAAAAAAAAAUGACAAAAAUAACCCUGACCAAACACAAUAUCAUGAAAAAACGGUUGGCUUUAGCUUCUUGUUAAAACUGUUAUUAUUCUUCAUUCAUUAUAUAUGAAAACACUCAUUUGCCGUUGCCUAACAACUGUUCGACGAAUUGCCUCAAAGAAAAGAAAAAACGAAAUUUGUGAUCGAACGAUUUGUUUAUUAGAGGAUUUUAUGAUUAUGAGUGGAUUUGAUCAGUUACAGUGUUGUUACAAUUUAAGCCGCAUCAUUGCUGGCCUUCUUCUCUUCAUGCUUUAUCAUUCUUUCCAAUUUCUUGCUUCCUAUACACCCUUAACAACAUUCUCCACACACCCUUUUCUAUUCUUGAUUGAUUUCUUACGAACCAUUGUUGAAUCAUGGAGCUCAAAGGGAAUGAUUCUGGGAGGCGACAUGGUUCAUCUCCGUCGGUCAUUGUAAUUGGUGGAGGUAUCUCAGGGGUAGCUGCUGCAUGUUUCCUUCACAAUGCUUAUUUCAAGGUGCUCUUACUGGAGUCACGAGAUAGACUUGGUGGUCGCAUACACACUGACAACUCGUUUGGUUGUCCAGUUGAUAUGGGAGCUUCAUGGCUCCAUGGAGUGUGCAAUGAAAAUCCUUUAGCUCCAUUGAUACGUCGGCUGGGGCUCACACUGUAUCGAACUAGUGGUGAUGACUCAGUUCUGUAUGACCAUGAUUUGGAAAGCUGCAUGCUGUUUGACAUGGAUGGCCAUCAAGUUCCUCAUAAAAUAGUUGCUGAAGUAGGAGAUGUAUUCAAGAAAAUCCUCGAUGAGACUGAGAAAGUGAGAAAUGAGAAUAGUAAUGACAUAUCGGUUCUUCAAGCAAUAUCUAUUGUACUGGACAGGCAUCCUGAGCUGAGGCAAGAAGGAGUCUCUCAUGAAGUACUGCAGUGGUACAUAUGCAGAAUGGAGGCAUGGUUUUCUGCCGAUGCAGACACGAUCUCCUUGAAAACUUGGGAUCAGGAGCAAGUUCUUACGGGUGGCCAUGGACUAAUGGUGCAGGGUUAUCACCCGGUGAUUGAGGCAUUGUCAAAAGAUAUUGAUAUUCGUUUGAAUCACAGAGUGAAGGCGAUUACGGAUGGGUAUAACAAAGUGAUGGUUACACUUGAGGAUGGGAGGAAUUUUGUUGCGGAUGCUGCUAUAAUAACUGUACCUAUUGGGGUCCUCAAAGCCAACUUAAUUGAGUUCAAACCCGAAUUGCCAGAUUGGAAGCUUUCUGCAAUAGCAGAUCUUGGUGUGGGCAACGAAAACAAGAUUGCAUUACGAUUUGAUACUGUAUUUUGGCCAAACGUUGAAUUGUUAGGCAUUGUUGCACCUACCUCUUAUGCUUGUGGGUAUUUUCUUAACCUCCACAAGGCAACAGGGCAUCAAGUCCUUGUCUAUAUGGCUGCCGGAAGACUUGCUUAUGACGUAGAGAAAUUAUCAGACAAAGAGGCGGCUAAUUUUGUUAUGCGUCAGCUGAAAAAAAUGUUUCCUGAUGCACCUGAACCUGUUCAGUAUCUCGUAUCACGCUGGGGAACAGAUCCGGAUUCCCUAGGAUGCUAUUCAUAUGAUCUGGUUGGAAAGCCAACAGAUAUAUAUGAUAAGCUUCGAGCACCUUUAGGUAAUCUAUUCUUUGGUGGCGAAGCUGUGUGUAUGGAUGACCAUCAAGGGUCUGUGCACGGUGCAUAUUCAGCUGGAAUCAUAGCUGCUGAAGAUUGCUGCCAGCAUCUCAUUAAGAGACUUGGAAGUGUUCAACUUGUUUCCUCCAGGGAAGAAAUUCUCAAAUCCAUUGUUCCUCUCAAGAUUUCCAGGAUGUGAUCGAUCAUCUUCCAACAAAAUCAUAACUAGGUUUAGUUUCCCUUUUUUUCCCCUCUGCUUAACAGGUAAUGUGCUCCGAUUCAUCUUGAACGUUGUUUAGUUUCCCUUUUUUCCCCUUGCUUAACAAGUAAUGUGCUCUGAUUCAUCGUCAUUCGAUUGAAUUUCUGUAAUGAUAUGAAUGAAGUUGUAGCAUCAGGCUGCCAUUGUUGAUUUCAAUGAGAAGUAUGUUUGUUUGUUUGGAUUA